AUGGGCACAAUCAGGUUUUCUAGCAGAGACCUCUCAGCAGGACCACUCACAUCAAACCCUUCAUCGUCAAUUCCAACAACAACAACAUCGACUUCUAUAACGGAAACCAUUAAUGGGUCUCAUGAAUUCAAGAUCGGUGGCUAUUCGCUCUCGAAAGGCAUGGGGGUAGGCAAAUACAUGGCAUCGGAAAUUUUUUAUAUUGGUGGGUAUGCAUGGGCUAUAUAUUUUUACCCAGAUGGUAAAAGCCCUGAAGAUAAUGCCACUUAUGUGUCUUUAUUCAUUGCCCUUGCUAGCGAGGGGACGGAUGUUAGGGCUUUGUUUGAAUUAUCGUUGAUGGAUCAAAGCGGUAAAGAAAGGCACAAGGUUCAUAGCCAUUUUGGGAGAGCCCUUGAAAGCGGGCCUUAUACGCUUAAGUAUCGCGGCAGUAUGUGGGGUUAUAAACGAUUUUAUAAAAGGACACAAUUAGAGACAUCAGACUUUCUUAAGGAUGAUACUCUAGUAAUUCGCUGUUGUGUUGGUGUUGUUAAGUCCCACACUGAGGGACCUAAGACCUACACCAUUGCUGUGCCACCUUCCAAUAUCGGCCAGCAUUUUGGAAAGCUUUUAGACGAUGGAAAGGGAACUGAUGUAAAUUUUCAAGUUGACGGAGAAAACUUUGCUUCUCACAAAAUAGUUCUGGCAGCACGCUCCCCAGUGUUUAGAGCACAGCUUUUUGGUCCAAUGAAGGAUCCAAACACUCAAUGCAUAAAAGUUGAAGACAUGGAAGCCCCAGUUUUUAAGACUGGAAAGGUGGAAUUUGUCUGUAGCAGUGAACUUGUCAAGUUAUUGUCAUGUCUUGACUCUAGCAUGCAUAAGAGUACAAGUUGUCUCUACUGCUCAAGUAUUGGUGUGCACCGAAAGGUUUUAGUGGUUUCUUAUACAUCAGUUAUGAGAUAUUAUGCGUCCCGUGAUAAGUUUCAUGGGAAGAGGAUAUUUGUGGUGCCAUACACAAAUUUACAUGUGGAUUCAUCUCCCAAGGCACUGCUCCUAUCCUUAUUCUUACUCACUCCAGCUAAGGCAUUAAUCCAUUUUAUAUACUGGGAUGCCUUACCGGAUAUGGAGGAGCUUGUCGGUUUGAACUCAAAAUGGGCUUCUACACUGAUGGCUCAGCAUCUGCUUGCAGCAGCAGACCGCUAUGCACUUGAGAGGCUCAGAUUGCUUUGUGAAGCUAGACUCUGUGAAGAUGUUGCAAUAAACACUGUUGCAACAACACUAGCUCUAGCGGAGCAGCAUCAAUGCAUCCAACUAAAAUCCGUGUGUCUCAAAUUCAUUGCUUUGCCUGAAAAUUUGAAAGCUGUGAUGCAAACGGAUGGGUUUGAAUACUUGAAAGAAAGUUGCCCUUCUGUCAUAACGGAACUGCUGCAAUAUGUUGCCAAAAAUGGUGAGCAUUCUGUCAUCGCUUGUACACAUGGUAAUGAUAACUUAGAUGGUGAUAUGAAUGGAAGGCGGGUGAAGCAAAGGAUACAUUGA